AUGGAAAGGCAUGAUAAGGCAUAUCAUGGGUGGGACGACCAACAGAUUGAGGGAUCGAACAUGGUCAUGAACAAUGAUAUAUCUAGUUCAGAUGAUAGUGUUGAAGGUCUGGGAAAUUUUGUUUCAGAAGAAGCUGAAGUUCCGUUGAUUGGAAUGUUUUUUGAAGAUGAAAAUCAAAUGUUCCAGUAUUACAAGAGAUACGGGCAACGGACGGGAUUUCCUAUGAAAAAAAGGACUGUAAACAAGGAUAAGGAUGAAUUGGUUAAAUAUUUGACAUUCACAUGUGACACAGCAAAUAAAAGCAGUACACAUACUAACAAUUUCAUAAAUCAUCGGUCAAAUGCGAAGGUUGAUUGUAAAGCUAGGUUGAGAGCCCGUUUAUCUAAAGAGUGUAAGUGGGAAAUUACAAAUUUUAUCGAUGAGCAUAACCAUGUAAUGAGUCCAUCGAAGUCGAGGUAUUUUAGUUGCAAUCGGUUAAUUAACCCUCAUAUUAAAAGGCAUCUGGAGAUUAAUGGCAUAGCUGGGAUUAGAGCCAAUAAAAGUCACAAUGCCCAAGUAAUUGGUGCUGGGGGCAUGAGAAGUUAUUGUUUUUGGAACAAUAUACUAGAAAUUUACUUGCAAAAACUAGAUGAUUGCGACUUGGCGAAGGGGAUGCCAAUGCAAUUCAAAGUCAUUUCAGCAAGAUGCAAUCACAAAAUGAUGGGUUUUUUUUCACUAAUUGAUUGGGAUGAGAAAGCUUGUCGUGAAUUUGGGGAUGUCAUUACGUUCGAUAUGACAUAUUUGACUAAUAAAUAUGACAUGCCAUUCGCCCCAUUUGUUGGUGUCAAUCACCACGGGCAGUCAAUAUUAUUAGGGUAUGGGUUGAUUUCAAAUGAAGACACGGACACUUUCAUAUGGUUAUUUCAGACUUGGCUAUCAUGUAUGCAUAAUGUUAGUCCUGCUGGGAUAAUAACUGACCAAGAUAGGGCAAUAAAAAAUGCAAUUGAAGUUGUGUUUCCUGCAACUAGGCAUAGAUUAUGUUUGUGGCACAUCAUGAAGAAGGUGUCUGAGAAGCUUGGUUCGUAUAAGGAAUAUGAGAAUAUUAUUUAUGAUUUGGGUGAAGCUGUUUAUGAUUCACAGAGCACAUAUGAGUUUGAAAGGUGCUGGGAAUCUAUGAUUGCUAAAUUUCAUUUGACAGAUAAUGGUUGGUUGAAAAUAAUGUAUGAUCUUAGUGAGAUAUGGGUUCCAAUAUAUGUGAAGAACUUCUUUUGGGUUGGUAUGUCGUCCACUCAGAGAAGUGAGGGGGUGAAUGCAUUUUUGGAUGGUUAUGUAAACUCGAAAACUACUCUUAGACAGUUUGUGGAGCAGUACAACAAUGCAUUAAGGGACAAAGCUGAAAAGGAAAGUAAAGUGGAUUUUAAUUCAUUCAACAAGCAACUCAAAUGUGCUACUUCGUAUGGAAUGGAGAAACAAAUUCUGAAUCUGUACACUCAAAACAAGUUCAAAGAGUUUCAAAAUGAGUUGACAGAGUUGAUUUAUUGUGGCAUUAAAUCUGUGGUUAACAAUGAAAAUCUGGCACAUUUUUAUGUUGAAGAGGAUGUAUUCUUUGGAGAUAAAGGAAGGAAGAAAGUUGAAUACAAUAUGUGCUAUGACAGCACUUCAUCGAUUGUCUUUUGUACAUGCUGCAAGUUCGAGUUCAGGGCUCAUUACAUCUUUAGGUGUUGGAGAAAAGAGAUAAGGAGACCUUAUUCUCGAGUUAAGGUAAAUUAUGAUGGAAUGGAGAUUACAGGCGACCAACAACGGUAUGAUAAAUUGUGUAACAUGUUCACAUAUCUGGCAGAUUUGGCGGCUGAUAGCGAACACAAUUUCAAUUAUGUUGCGAACUUGAUUGAAGGUGCGAUGAGUACUUUUAGUGCGUUGAGCACUGCCACACCUGUUAGUGCAUUGAAUGUGGCUGGUUGCUCGAAUGAUCCGUUAAUUACAAGAGGCAAAGGACGUCCUUCAUCUGUGAGGAAGAAAAGGAUUUUCAAGAGGUCUGCUAGGAGCAGCAAAAACAGCAAUGAAGUGCUGCCAGCAUCAACUGGAACAAAUGGAAGCAUGGACACAAGAUUGGACACUCAGUUGAGAAUACCACAAAUUAUGAUGGACAUUGCAUUGUUCUUAGCUCAAAUUACAUGUAUUCAUUGGAUUGGACACUCAGUUGAGAAUACCACAAAUUAUGAUGGACAUUGCAUUGUUCUUAGCUUAAAUUGCAUGUAUUCAUUGUACCAAAAAAAAUUUACACUUCUUGUAAUUCCUAACCCAACCUUUUCUCACCAUCCCCCAUACAUGGCCUUUGUCAUUGAGAAGCAAAUGAACAACAUGAGCUCUAAACUUACGAAUAUCUUCCUCUUUCAAAGUCUGCGGGAUUGGUUUGUUGGUGAAUAUGCACUCCAUUAUGAGCAUGACAAUGAUGCCACAAUCGACGCUAUUUAA